AUGUUCUCAUCGCCGCGAUCUCGAGUGUUCUCGGUUGUUCAUGUCUUGGUUACAGUGGCUGUCAUUUUUGCCGCUCAUGCCCAAGCAAAGUUUCCGAAAGCGGCUCUGAGAUGGCCUGCCUUUCGGAAAUUCCAAGAGGACCUUCAACCAAGCCUCACCGAUCUGCUGACGUUCAGAGAGCCGGACAAUGACCCGAUAUUUGAGAAGGCUAUACAGGUGGUCGAUAACCUCGCCAGUCAAUCCACUUGCCAUCAAGCAGCCGCAGCUCAGUUGCUUAUUACUUGUAAAACUGUUGGCACAAGUCUCAGCCGGGAGCAAGGGAAACAUGAAAUACUAGAGAGAGCCCAGUCAGUCUACGCUGUCAGAGUGGCUGUCUGCGAGACUGGCGAGGGCAGAGCAGCAGUUCCCUUCGCUUGCAAGCCCAUACUCGACAUCCCUCAGCGACUUGAUCACGAAAUUGACGUGGUCAACAGCAAAAUUUUGGCUUCUUGUCUUGAAGCGUUGAUUGCGGAACAUUAUUACUGGACGAGCUACAGCAACAACAGACAGGAUGCCAACACUCUGUGUCAAGCCACCACCAUCGAGUCCACCAGAUUGGAAGCGCUUCAGUCCUACCAAAAGCUCGCGCAACUCCUUCCAGAGUUUCGUGCUGCGUUCGGAUCCACUCGGUCUCAGUGGUUGACUUUCCUGAGAGAGCAGCAGCAUGAGAUGCAGCAUGUGAGCAAGCUUCUGCAGAAGAAUCAAGACGAACGCCAAGCGCAGCAUAGACUUGAGCUUAACACCUUCCGUGACGCGAUGAAUAUGGCUAAGGAGGGCUUACAUGACGCAUUUCAGACUCUAAAGGGAGCCAUGGUUGGCACAGACGCGCAUGUGACCCAUACCCGUGAGGCUCUUGGAGACAUACUUGCUGAUUCGGCCAAACUGCGAGAUCUGCUGCGCGAAGCAAUCACAACCACUGGCAAGCAAUACGCUGAGGUGGCUGCAGCCCAAGGACAGGAGCUGAACAACGUUCGUGAGCUUGCCCUUGCUACCACAAGAGCUCUGAAGAACAUACAGGCCGAUGCAGUGGUCCAGGUUUGUGUCCACCAUUUGGGGUUGAACAUGGACUGA